UCCGCGCUCUGGUUAAUUAUUAACUUUAAAAAAAUUCACACUCAUUAUAUUAAGGUCGGUUUAGUAUGUCUGAAUGGACUUUACAGAUCAGUUGCAAUGUCUUCUACUUUGAACCUGUGAUAAAAAAAACACUCCUGUAUCCCCAAAAUGUUUGCUCGGCAUAAUUUCAUGCACCAACGUCAAAGUUAUUACCACUUUGAUGUACCCGUAACAAACUAUAGUUAUGUUUAGUUCAUUUGCUCGAGCAAUGAUUCUUGUUCUUGUUUUCACCGCACACUUGGUUAAUCAAGCAGCGAGUGGAGUUUUCAUCGAUGGCUCCAAAGCCUUGAAGCGAGAUGCAGAAGAAGGUGUGGCCUACGCUAACUUUGCAGCGCACAAGUUUCGUUACCUGAACUUAGCUCCUUUGGUUUCAGCUUCAGUGAAAGAGCCUCGAGAGUGCAGUAAACUUUGUGUCGAUCACUCAUCGUGUUUCUCAACAAAUCUGGCAGCAUUUCGUGAUCAAAACGGAAAGGUGAUGUGCGAGCUGUUACCAAGUGAUAAAUACAACAAUUCUAACAAGUUUAUAAGCCACCAAACGUUUCAUCACCUGAGCAUAAAGAUAAGAAAAGAAGAUAAUCAAGGUCUCGCAAUAACUAUCUCAGCAUUGAAAUGUAUCUUUACAACACAGACACCUUGCUACAGCAACUCUUGUAAGAAUCAAGCAACUUGCGUAGCCAAGUACGAAGACCACGCUUAUCAGUGCGUAUGCGCCCUUGGAUACUCUGGAAAACACUGUGAAAUAGAUAUUUUACAUUGUACACGUUAAGAAAGGUAGCAUCGACAGCAGUGACAGUGGUUGUAGCGCCGGGUAAAUAGUGGUAGUGGUUAGCGGUAACGUGGUAAUGGUAGAGUAGUGGUAGUGGUAGUGGUAGCGGUAGCGGUAGUGAUAGUGGUAGUGGUAGUGGUAGUGGUGAUGGUAAUGACAGUGGCAGUGGCAGUAGCGCUAGUAGAGGCAGCUGUUAGUGGAAGCGUGGUAGUGGUAAAGCAGUGGUAAUGAUAGUGGCAGUGGAAGUAGUAAUAGUAGUGGUGAUAGCAAUGAGAGUGGUGUGGUAGUGAUUGUUUUGGCUUCUGCUGUGAAGCAAAUUAGGAAUAAAAGGUGUUACUAAAGAGUUGCUGUUGCGGCAGCACAACAUUUUGAUCCUUGUAACUGUUUAAACAGAGUUCACAUAUGCCUGUGUAAAAUGUCGUGUUGCAUUUAGAUCGGCUAGGUUCGGAUGCUUGAAUUUCUUCAUAUUC